AGGAAGAGGAGCUGGGCAGGAGAGAGAAGCGAAAGAAGAAUAUAAUAUGGAGGGGGAUCGAAGGAGAGGAACCGGAGGAAAGGAGGAAGAUAAUGGAGAUGAUAAUGGAGAAGGAGCUGGGGAGAAAGGUAAUGGUGAGGGGGGUGGUGGAAAGGAUGGGAGAAGGAGGAAAGGAGGUGCUUUUGGUGGAGCUGGAGGAAGAGAAGGACAAGAGAGAUCUACUGGAAAGGGCAUGGAAGAUAAAGAAGAGAUGGGAAAUAGGUGUGGACGAGGGCUUGACAAUGGAGGAGAGGAGAACAAGAUGGAGGAUAGUGGAGAAAGCAAGAAUGGAAAGAAGAAAAGGGAGAAGGGUGAAGGUAGAGGACAAUAGAAGGCUAUGGAUAGAUGGAAUGGAGUGGUACUGGGAUGAAGAGGAGGAAAGAUGGAGGGAGGCGCAGAUAUAGUAGGAGAGGUGAAAGACAGGUGAUAAAUGAGAAGAGGCGGUAAGGGGUAGAUGGAGGGAGAGAAGGGGAAUAAGGAAAUGGAGAAGAAGGUGAUUGGUACACGUAGAGGAAAGUAAGACGCGGGAAGGAAGGGCGAUCGAGAAGAAAUGGAGAAGAGGAGGGCAGGGUAGGAAAGAAGGGGCGAGGGAUGUAGGUCGCACAAUAGUAUGUGAGGUCGCAGAUGGCCAGACGGGGGAGAUCCGGAGAUGGGUGACUGAAUUUGUAAAAGGCGGCACUUGAUCGCGUGGCGCACGUCUCUGCACGACAUCGUUCUUGAAUAGCCUGGGAACUGUCGAAGAAAGUGAAGUGGGUCCUGGACGAGGACCCGGGAAGAGCGAGGAAGGAAGCGUCGUCGCCGCGGGAGAAUCCGGCGUGCGGCGCCGGAAACGGAGCAGCCGGAAGGAGCAGCCUCAGAAUGUCGUACGCCAACAAUCGAUUCCCGUCAUCCCAGCACACCCGUUAUCGCAGUAGCUGGGGCCCGUCCUCGGUAUCCGUCUUCAAUCGCGCCGACGUGCCGCGACCCUCGCCGGAAGAGGAAGAGUUUGAGUUCUACCACGAGCGGCUGCAUUCGGCGCAGAGCCGCCAGCUGAUACCACUUCAGGAGGACCUGGCCGAUUGGAUCAACAAGACGAUAAAUGUGGAUUACAUAACGGGUGACAAUUUCUUCGACGUGCUUGAUAAUGGGGUGAUUGUGUGUCGACUGGCGAGAAUUAUCCAGGAAAAGGCGAGAUCCGCGAUAGAGGCUGGACGGGCGAAGGGGCCGGUACCGGUGAUACGUGGACGUUGUUGGGAGAACGCGGCCCGUCGCAGCUUCUUCUCCCGCGAUAACAUGGAGAACUUCAUACAAUUCUGCCGGCGGCUGGGCGUCCACGAGAAUCUUCUCUUCGAAAGCGACGAUCUCGUUCUGCACGGCCAACCACGGAAUGUUGUGCUGUGUCUACUGGAAGUCGCGAGACUGGCGGCCAGAUAUUCUCUGGAGCCGCCCGGGCUCGUGCAACUCGAGAGGGAAAUCGCGGCGGAACAGGAAAGGGAUCUUCACUGUUUGUCCGACAGCGGUAUAUCUCACAGCAGCCUUGUCUCCUGGCAAUUCAAAUCGCCGUCGCCGACCGCGACACCCAGGCCGUCGCCGGAGAAGAUCAAACACAGCAGCUCGGCGUCAGAAGUCACGACAACGGGAACACGAUGGCUGGACCCUGUGACUGGUGCUACGCACGAAUCUGAAAUGCGAAGGUCCGUUAGCGACAACGGGCCGACCGGAAGUGACGGGGUGCCCAGUGAUACUACCGAGGACGACUGGUCCCGCGGAAGCGUCGAAGAUCCCGACGAAGUGCCGUCGCCGUUGAGCUCGCCAUCACCGUCGCCGGCCGAGCCACCGGAACACACGGGACCGAUAACAGAACUCGAUCGCAAGGUGCGAAGAGCCACCGAGGCCGUCCAGAGACUCUGCCAAUGCUCGUCGAACAAGUGCUCCAAGCUGAAGGUACGCAAAGUCGGCGAAGGUCGCUACCAUAUCGCGGGACGUAACGUCUUUAUCAGACUUCUCAAGGGGAGACACAUGAUGGUGAGAGUGGGCGGUGGAUGGGACACUUUGGAGCAUUUCCUGGCGAGGCACGACCCCUGUCAGGUGAGGGUCCUCAGCCGCGAGGGCACGCCGCCACCCGCUCGCGGCACCAAGCACGACAGCUUCUUGCACAUUCGCGCCAAGUAUCGCAGCCCGCCGUCGGAACCGAGCCUCUCACGUCGGUCGCUAGCCUGAGAGAGCACGUAGUGCCUAAUCACGCGCCCACGAUCACGCGGCGCGGGCCCCUCGGGCCCCACGUGGCGUGAAGCCUGCUCGCGCACGCUUGGCGCACGUGCGAAUUGAUAUAUCCCGGUACACACCGUAUAAUACGUGUACCGCUAUCGCAACCCCCGGGCACGUCGAUUAGACGUCGCCCGUCCCCCUCCGUUGUGCGUUAAGCGACGCGCGGUGAAACGACGCGUGGCGGCUCGGGUUACCGUAAGGACGGUAACACGCAUCAUCGCACGAUUUUUCACGCACGAUACAUUCCUUCUUUGCCAACUACGUUCGAUGAGUUGGCGAUUUUGAGGGAAGAGGGGCGCCCCGCGGGGAGCCGCCUUUAAGCGCUCGCGGGGUCACUUCAUGCACAUUCCGAUACUCAUAUACGCUAUUUGCGAGAAAUCCACCAGUAUAUACGCACCGCCUUAUACGCCGGUUACUCGCAACGAUACCUCUUACCCACUCUCGUACCUACCGUACAUCCCGAAUUGCGCGUACAAUUUGUUACGUGUGUAAUCACGUAACGCACGUCGAUCACCGGUAUAUAGAAGCACAGGGAUCGCUAUUUUUACUACGUCCAUGUCAGGUGGUUGAAGAGCAUGCAGGUGUCGAAGAGUAUCCUCGCAGACGCGCAGCACGCCGCGAUUUUUUUAAAGAGAGGCGACGAAUAGUCAGAGUUCGAUAUCUAAGAUCGGCGUCUGCGAUUCAGGAGACUUUGACCAUUCGGACUUUUAUCGCAUUAUCGCGUCAACGAAACAACUAUAUGUGCUUUCAUCUCGAAUCAUCCCUUCAGGCACUAACGUUUGCAGCGUCUACCCGGAAGUUCUUCGACCAGGAAACGCGCUGCACCUCGGUAAUGGUAGCGUUUAAGACCGCAAUGACCAAACUUUAUUUUCGGAACUGUGUCGUCACGAUAAUCAUACUUAUAAUAAAACAAAUAAUAAUAAUAAGAAUUUUCGAAUAAAUAUCCAUUUAAGCUCAAGCGUACCAACGCUUGUACGUGCAAUAAAAGAGAAUAAAAGUGCAAUUAAAAUCUCAGGUAGAAAAUCAUCCGUGUCAUGCCUUAAAAAGAUCGAUUAAUCUUUUUUUUUCCUUUUCAAGAAAUUUCUUUGCGAUGUACUAUUUUUCUUUGAAGUAACAAUAGCGGCCUUAAAAAAUUUAGCCGAACUGGAUAAGAUCGUUACGUUUUUAGUAUUGGAUGUUGUAACGUAGCUUUUAACAUUUAACUAUAUUCGGGCUUCAAUUGCGUUUUGGUCAUUGCUAUAUAUCCUAUAAAUAUAUUCUUACAGUGCACUGCCAUAUUUUGCGGCAAGCACGCGAUCAGGCACUUAUAUCAUAAUAAUCGACAGGAUCGGCUUAAUCCUCUGUGUAUUACUUUCUAUACAUCUGAACAGGAAUCGCUUACAACGUAUAAUUUGCAUAAGUUCGAUAAAUGAAUUUUUCUUUGCGCAUAAGUUGUAUCACGUAAUCAUAUAUCAUCAAAGAAUGGUAUGUUCGUAUUUAAGAGCGCUUUUUAAAAUGUACGUUAUUAAUUUUUUUCGCAGUUUUAUUUCAGUUGUAAUCUAUUGCGAGCUUGUGACUCUCUCACUUCAGCCGAUCCUGAAAUUUAUAGAUACACAUUAGCAUUCGAUUAAUAUCUAAUACAACUUGUAUCGCCUAACGUGUAAAGUGCUUCAUGGUAAUUGCCACGAUACACAUACACAUACACCCUCAUAUAUGUUUUGUACUUUUAUAUAAAUAUCUCUAUGGUAGGCUAAGGGAGGUAAUUGAUUGGCGUAUUGCCGAGGUAAUUAAACCAUCUAAUUAUUCCGCUUACAGAAGUGCAAGAGCACAGUGUGCAAAGGAAUACCAAAGCAAAGAAACACGCGACGAGUAAUGUCGGCCCGUUGAAGCUAAUUAAAUCCGUCGUCCGUGAUCCGUUUAUCGUUUGCGUCGUCAGUUUACGUCGGAAGAUUGUGGUUGUGUUUCACGAAUCGAUGUCUUUUACGAAUUAUCUUUUUUUACGAAAUAAUCCGUUCACGGCGUUCCAUCCUUUGCGAAAUAUAAUCAGUGUUAAAUUGCGAUUUGCACUGUAAAUGCAAUAAGCUUAAGUUUAGCGAGCUAUACUACUGGAUAUACAGGGCCUUACGUUACGCAGAUACGAUUACUUUGCGAAGGGGAGUUGUUUUCUUAAUUUUAAACCGCCCUGCCUAAUUAAACUAAUUUUCGCCAUAUUAUGUAACUUGUAAAUAAUACAUCGCCCUGACAUAUCGACAGAUUUAAGUUAAUCGUACCUGCUUUAUACUUUGUUAAUGUGUAAUACCCGCGGAUUUUGCGUGUAACUGUACAAUCCGCGUAUAUACCUAAUAAGUUAUUUAUAUAUAUAACUCGUUAAGCGCCUUUUUAUUACAGAUUACGUUUAAACUUCUCAAUAUAGUGGCGCGUAAAAUAGAAGGAAUUGUGUUUUGAUGAUAUUAAACUGUUGUAAAUUUAUUUGGGUUAUUUAUAAUAAAAUACUGAAGCGGUAUAAUUGAUAAACACGUAUUUUAAAACGGAUUAUUGUCUACUGCAAUACUGUUUCAUCGUAAUUAUUCGGCUAUUAGUGAAGUAUUAUAAUAGCAUUGUACUGCAUAUAUACAUACGUUUAGUCUUUGUUCAUAAUAACUGCACUAGGCUUUCGCAAAUUUUAAGAUUUUGUCUAAUAUGCAGAAUAUAUCGUAUGCAGCAUUAUCUUAAUCUAUUCAACUAAGUUCAAAACUAUUAUGUCGGUUGUUAUAUUUUGUUGAACAAUAAAAUACCUGACAGUAA